UUAAGUUGACUUAUCUCGAAUGUUUAUGCCGGUAUGAAAUUAGAAAAAUGAAUGAAAAAAAUGAUAAUACGAUUGAAAGUGACAAUCGAGAGGGAGAGAAGGAUUUGUGUAAGGAGAUAAUUAAUGGUAUCGCCUGCAGAGAGGAUUUAUAUCAAUUUUUCGGACAUAAUGACCAUAGCAUCAAUAAGAUUCACUUUUCAGAGGUUUCCCAAAUCUGUAAGGACAAACCAUGUCAACUUGGAAUUGAUGAGGCAGGUCGUGGUCCAGUUUUAGGUCCAAUGGUUUAUGGGAUCUCAUAUGCUCCAUUGUCUCAGAAGCAACUGCUCGUCGAUCUAGGCUGUGCAGAUUCCAAGAGCUUGACGGAAAAGAAACGCGACGAGAUAUUUGAUGAUAUCUGCAAGCAUAAGGAUAAUAUUGGCUGGGCGAUCGAAGUAAUAUCGCCAAAUGUUAUUGCCAACAACAUGUACCGUCGCACUAAAAUUUCAUUAAACGAGAUCUCUAUGAUAUCGGCUACAAAUUUGAUCCAAGAAGCAAUCGAGGCAGGUGUGAACGUUGCUGAGAUUUACGUGGAUACCGUCGGCAAACCUGAGUCUUACCAAACGCGACUGAAAAGUAUAUUUCCUAGCAUCAAGAUAAUUGUAGCAAAAAAAGCAGACGCAACCUAUCCGAUCGUCAGUGCAGCUAGUAUAUGUGCCAAGGUGUCGCGGGAUCACGCAAUACGAGCAUGGCGGUUUCGCGAAGAUGACGGCAUUGAAACAGAAUACGGCAGUGGCUAUCCCAAUGAUCCAGUAACUAAAAAUUGGUUAUCCAUGAAUGUGGAUCAGGUGUUCGGCUUCCCACAGCUUGUUCGGUUCAGCUGGUCCACUGCCGAACAGAUUCUUGAAUCAAAAGCAUUGACAGUAGAAUGGGAGAAAACGGAGGAAACUUUCAAUGAGCAGAAGAUUUUAAAGUUUUUCGCAAAAUCUCCAACUAAAUCGUCUAACGUUCACACGAAAAAACAUCCGUUCUUCACCGAACGUUGUCUAUCCAACACAAAUGUCUUAUGA